CGUUGAUAAAAUUUUCUUGGAUAGAAGAUUGGCGUUGGCGGUGGUUAUUUUGUGGCACAAUAUUAAACUAAAAAUUAUCCAAAAAAAAUAUUACGGCUGUGUUUUUCCAUCAUUCGACCGAGUUGUUCGGCCAGUUCUAAAAGCAAACUUCUCGUUGGGUUUUCUCUGAGUUGGGGGUGGAGGCCGAGAGUCGAGCACGGGGGGCGGCUCUGUCCUUAUUCAACUGUGGACAUGCUUCGGCGAAGGUUCCCGCUGAAGAAGUUCAUCCGGCAGCCCCCGAAGAGGCUCUGCACCAUCCAACCUAGGCCUGAUUUCGCCGCACGAGUGGCCGGCAUCAAGGAGCAAGUUGCAGAAAUUCUCAAAGAGGAGAAGGAGAUGGCUAAGAAAAACAGGCCGCGAAGAUGGAACGGACAGCCCAAACCUUCCACCAAAUCCAUCCUGACAAAGGGGUUUCCAGAGUUUGAGUAUGUCUUGAGGCCUUUAAUAAGACCUUCAUUGGCCUUUGGCUCAAAAAUCCCAAGAGAUCCGACUGAAAGGGUGAUCAAGAAGCACAGACUCAAAAUAAAGAGAAAGCAAGGAAGGAGUAAGAGUAUUACUGAAAAAAAGGAAUCGUACGUUCUACCCGGACCUCCACCUGCAGAAGUGAAAUACCCUUUUAUUGAUUUGAGUCCCAAGUUUCAUCUCCCUGACUACAGAGAAGAAACGAAGGAUGUAGAGAAAGCAUUUAGCAUUAUCACAGGGGAUGAAGAAAGUACAGUGGCAAAGGAUCACAGGCACAAGAAAACUUCCAAACUUCAUUCCUACGAUAGGCUCACGAAAAAAAGAGUUCUUUAUCAGACUGAAAGUCCGAGCCCAGGGUCGUACAAUAUUAACAGAUUUCCUGAUCCAGUGAAACCGAAUAAGUUUGGGUUCAAUUCAGGAAGUUAUAAAUUUCCAGCCAGUUCAAACGACGUUCCUAGUGCGGCAGCUUAUUAUAUAGAUUGUUUCGACGGGAAAGUCAAAAUGCAUUGUACCCUCGGGGGCAAGCAGACGAUUAGUCUCGCGACGAUGAUCAGGUGUUUGCCCGAGAAUAGAAAUUUGUGCAAGUAUUGCCAGACAGAGCCGGAGGGGAACUUUAUGUAUUCGCAAACCCAUGGGACAGUGUGUAGGGAAUGUUUUAAAGAACAUGCAAAGUCCUAUCCAGCCCAUGUCUUUUCAACGUUUCAGGCUGCCAAACAUUGCAAAUUUAUGCAUUUUCAUGAUCAACACACGACAGUGAGAAAGGUGAGGUAUAAAGAAGUUAUAAAAUCAGUAAGGCGUGAAGCUUGUAUUAACAGAUUUCCAGAAAUGAAAAAAAAUGUCAAAAAGGACAAAGAUGACCAGAAAGAAAAGAUUAGUGACGCAAAACCGAAACCGUUUAAGAGAGUUGUAAAAAUUCAAAAGAGAAUUAAACCAAAUAAACCCCGUGAAAUUCUAAGAGUGAUAGACACAACGAAGCACAAAUCAGAACAAAGAAUGUCCGAAGAGCAAAUAGAACAGCAGAGGCAAUCUGCCGAAAGAGAAUACGAGAUGCUGGCCAAGGAAUAUGCUUACCAGCAAAUGAAAGGCCGGCAUAGCAUAAUUCCAAUUUUCAACUUACUAAACAAAGAAGAGAAACUUUUCCCUAUACUUACCCAAGACAAUACUAGAGACAAGUCAGACUUCCAAAAAAGGCUGAUUGAAAGAUUCGGAAGUUCAGCAAGCUUUUACGGUACCCUGAUCCCUGAGUUCAGAGAAAAAGGUGUAGUUCACGCCGUCGACCCAGAAUCAGAUCAAUAUGUUAUCACGGCCAAAGGACGGGAUUUCUAUAAUAAAACACCCUUGGCAUGGGACCUUGCUGAUGACCCACUUCUUGACGAUGAACUCCUUAGGGUCACAGGCAAGAAUGUUUUCGAUGAAUUAGAAGACAAAAUGCAGAAUAUGUGCAGAGCGAAGGACAUAGUUGUUCCACCGCUUCCUCGGUCUAGACUUAGUGGAAUCAUCAUUGAAGACAGUGCCAAACCCUUAAAGCCCCAAUAUUCAAGGUCUCAACUAGAGAAACCUAUUAUAUCUAGGGAAUAUGACAUCCCAAAGUCAUACUGGUACAACAUUGAUCGUUAAAUACACACCGGUUUUCUUUCAAAA